CAUGCCAGGCGCCGCUGCCCAGCCUCCCGGCCGGAGCUUUGUCUACAGAGGCCGUAGUAGCUGUUGUUGUCCUUUGGGCGGGACAAGGGCGGGUGCCUGGUUGCUGGCAGCCGGUGUCCCUCCUGUUUCUGUGUGGCGCUGUCCCAUGAGUCCGUGUCACCGUCAUGGAUCUGGUUUUAAAUCGUGCGGAUUACGUACAGGUGGGAGUGACCUCUCAGAAGACUAUGAAACUACUUCCUGCCUCAAGACAUAGAGCAACACAAAAGGUGGUUAUUGGAGACAAUGAUGGGGUAGUUAUGUGCUUUGGCAUGAAGAAAGGAGAAACAGUGACUGUGUUCAAGACUUUACCAGGCCUGAAGAUCGAGAGGCUGGAACUAGGAGGGGUUCUGAACACACCUCAGGAGAAGAUUUUUGUUGCUGCUGGAUCUGAGAUUAGAGGCUUCACAAAGAGAGGAAAGCAGUUCCUCUCUUUUGAAACAAACCUCACUGAAAGCAUUAAAGCCAUGCACAUAUCUGGCUCAGACCUCUUUCUCAGUGCAAAUUACAUCUAUAACCAUUAUUGUGACUGCAAAGACCAACAUUACUACCUUUCUGGGGACAAAAUCAAUGAUGUCAUCUGCCUUCCAGUGGAAAGAGUACCACGUAUUACACCAGUAUUGGCCUGCCAGGACCGAGUGCUCAGAGUUUUACAGGGAUCUGAUGUAAUGUAUGAAAUUGAAAUUCCUGGCCCACCAACCGUCUUAGAACUAUACAAUGGAAAUGGCGGUAACUCUGGAGAGGACAUUUUGUUUGGAACAUCAGAUGGAAAACUUGGGCUUAUUCAGAUCACUGCAUCUAAACCAAUACACAAGUGGGAAAUUCGAAAUGAGAAGAAGAGGGGAGGUGUUUUGUGUAUUGACAGCUUUGAUAUUGUGGGUGAUGGUGUUAAAGAUUUACUUGUUGGGAGAGAUGAUGGAAUAGUGGAAGUGUAUAGUUUUGAUAAUGCAAAUGAGCCUGUUCUACGAUAUGAUCAGGUGUUGUCUGAAAGUGUCACAUCUAUCCAAGGAGGUUGUGUAGGGAAAGAUGGCUAUGAUGAAAUCGUGGUGGCUACAUAUUCAGGCUGGGUUACAGGUCUGACAACAGAGCCCAUUCAUAAGGAAAGUGGACCAGGAGAAGAAGUAAAAAUUAAUCAGGAGAUGCAGAAUAAAAUUUCUUCUUUACGGAGUGAGUUGGAACAUCUACAAUGUAAGGUAUUGCAGGAAAGAGAGAACUAUCAAAAGUCUUCUCAAUCAAGCAAAGCAAAAUCAGCAGUACCUUCAUUUAGUAUAAAUGACAAAUUUACAUUAAAUAAGGAUGAUGCCAGCUACAGCCUUGUUUUAGAGGUACAGACUGCGAUUGAUAAUGUCUUAAUACAGAGUGAUGUUCCAAUAGAUUUACUUGAUGUGGAUAAAAAUUCUGCUGUUGUGAGCUUUAGCAGCUGUGAUUCUGAGUCAAAUGACAACUUUGUUCUUGCCACUUAUCGGUGCCAGGCAAAUACCACAAGACUGGAACUCAAGAUUCGUUCAAUUGAAGGCCAGUAUGGCACACUUCAAGCAUAUGUGACUCCAAGAAUUCAACCCAAAAGCUGUCAGGUCCGCCAGUACCAGAUAAAACCUCUUUCACUCCAUCAAAGAACGCACUUUAUUGAUCAUGGCAGACCCAUGAAUACAUUGACUCUAACAGGCCAGUUCAGUUUUGCUGAAGUUCACUCCUGGGUGGUUUUUUGUCUGCCCGAAGUUCCCGAAAAACCUCCAGCGGGAGAAUGUGUGACAUUUUACUUUCAAAACACCUUCCUGGAUACACAACUUGAAAGUGUUUACAGAAAAGGAGAAGGAGUUUUUAAAUCUGACAACAUUUCUACUAUAUCCAUCCUGAAAGAUGUGCUCUCUAAAGAAGCUACAAAAAGGAAAAUUAACCUCAACAUAUCAUACGAGAUAAAUGAAGUGUCAGUCAAACACACUUUAAAGCUAAUCCAUCCAAAGUUGGAGUACCAGUUGCUUUUGGCCAAGAAAGUACAAUUAAUUGAUGCUUUAAAAGAAUUGCAGGUUCAUGAAGGAAAUACAAACUUUCUGAUACCAGAAUAUCGCUGUAUUCUUGAAGAGGCUGAUCACCUACAGGAAGAAUAUAAAAAGCAACCUGCACAUCUUGAACGACUUUAUGGCAUGAUCACUGAUCUUUUCAUCGAUAAGUUUAAGUUCAAAGGCACCAAUGUAAAAACCAAGGUACCUCUGCUACUGGAGAUUCUGGAUAGUUAUGACCAAAAUGCAUUGAUUGCUUUCUUUGACGCAGCAUGACAUAUCAGCAAGGUAAAGUUCCCAAGAAGUGGUCUAUUGAAACAAAAAUGUUCAAACACAGUUAGAGGCUAACUGUACAUGCUUUUUGUUUCAAAUGCUUCUUGCUAUCACCUAAUUUAUCAAUGUAUUUAAUAUCUAAAAAUUUGAGACAUAGUGACUUUUUUAGUAAUAUUUCUUUUGACACAUGAAGCUUUUUAAAAACAGAUUUUUAUUUUAAAACUCAAGGGGAAUGAUUACAAGGGAUUUUUUAAAAAGUAAGUUUUACAAAGUGUGGAUAUUUUAAUUUUUAAAUUGAGAAAUAAUAUAUGGAAAAUGAAAAUGUAUUCCGAUUUUCUGCAAAGUACAUACAUACACACCUAAGUGAAAACUGCUUUAUAGGUUUCAGUGCAUACUUUUAUAUAUUACUUUAUUUAAUCUUCACAGCUGCUCUGUACAUUUGUGAAAUCAUAUAAGAAAAUUGAUUCUCAGUAAAACUGCACACUAGGAGGAUAUGCUGAAAUUUUAUAAAGCUGGAUCCAGAACCUAUGUUUUGAUACCUGGCUUGUGUCUUGAUUACUAUAUAUAUAUCAUCAACCAGUGGAAAUAACCUACCAACGGUUUUUCCUAGGAGUUGGGAUUGGUCUGCCACUGAUUUUUCUCUUACUUGGUUUUAUCACUGCUGCAGUGUGUGAAAUGCUUAACUUGGUUCAGUGCUGUACAUUAUUGCCAGGGAAAUAAGCAGAGCUCAGAGAGUGGGGUGAUCUUAACUUGAUGUUCUGUAAGCAGUUGAGCUGUAAAGAGUACAACAGGAAAAGAGUGUAGAAAAAGUAAUGCCUUCUUAGAUUUUCCUGUACUAGUGUCCAUGAUUUCCUUUUUUAUUUUAAUUGAAGGAAAAUGUUUUGUUCAUUAAUCCUGAUUCGUAUUUAUUCAUGUCAGAUGACUAUUUGUUUAAAACUUUUUAAAUGGCAUAAAGAUCAUGGAAAAUAAGCUGGUCUUCAUGUUUUCAGGAAGGGCAGGCUCAUGAAUUUUUCAGAAAACGAUGUUUAUUUAUAUGCCAUUAUAUUAUUUAUGUGCAAACCUUUUCUAUUAAAUGUAAAAAUGUGUUAAAGGCAA